AUGUUNAGCAGCCGUUUUUCAUGUAGACUUACUUGUCAGUUGCUCAUUCGUGUGAUGUCCAUUGACUUCGGCAAUUCACGUGAAAGUAGCUGUAAACGUGACGAUUCGGAUGUGGAGAGCCGUCUUCCGGACAAGAACUGCCUCAUCCAAGGCAAGAAACAUGCGUUUGCUAUCGGCAAACUGAUUGCGCGUGGCCGAUACGGAGCCGUCUAUGAGGUCGUCGAUUUGUAUCAACUUAAUGCAGAUUCUGCUGGAAAAGUGCUGAGGCAUUCGGAUGGAAGGCGUUUCGCAUGCAAAUUGGAAGUAUGCGAUUCACAUUUUCAUGGUUUACAUAUGGAUUAUGAAGUGCUGAGUCGAGCACAACGAGACGGUUGUCAGCACUUUCCAGAGUUGUUGGAUAGGGGUAAAAUCGAAGGACAUUUCAAAUUUGUCGCCAUGGGAUUGGUAAUUAUCCGUUUCAUUCGAAGUGGCAUUUCUCUUGUGCCACCAAAAUUUUUGUGUCAUAACGAAGGUACCACACGAUACGCCUCGUUAACAACACAUAACGAGAAGGAGCAGUCCAGGAGAGACGAUCUUGAGUCUUGGUUCUACAUGUUAAUUGAAAUGAUUUCAAGUGCGGAAUUUGAUUUAUUCGUUGAGCAAAACAUAUGCCUGAUUGGCUUGAACUGA